GUUUGAUCAAUAAAUUCGUCGAGAUCCCUUUUUGUUUUUCUCUCCUCCUCCUUUUUUUUUGACAGUUCCGCCGAAAUGGACGCCAAAUCGAAAGUUGCAGUUCACGAUUUUGAUUAUGGCCUGAAAAAGGUCAUCUCGGACGAGGGAUCCGAGAUCACGAUGCGACAAUUUUUGGAUUUUCUCAAAAUCGCGUAUCAGGUGACCGAUAGCAUCGAGGGGGUCGAGUUGGGGGACCGUAUGAUGCAGUUCAUCGACUGGGUCAAGCUGAAGGAGUCCGAGCUGGUGAAACCGCGCGAAAUUGCCUGUCAGACUAUCGAACUUAAAGACCCGAAACGAAGAUCCGAAUGUUUGCUGUUGCCCUCCAAUUCCAUAGAGUCGGUUAAAUCGAAACUCGGCGAGGUGCUCGCGGAGGGCUUGUUCGAUUCGGUCCUAAAUCACAUGAUUCCUUCAAAUCCGCCUUCGGUCGUCACGCUUCGUAGGCCCUCACAGCCGAAGCUCGAGAAAAAUGGGAGCUCCAGUAGCUCGCUCAUGAUGCCAAAUGAGCGUGCCCUUCUCAGACGGUGCAGCGAUAACUUCGCAAAAAAUCAAAUCGUGAGGACGCACUCAGAUGUUACCAUUCACGUAUGCGACGAAGUGAAGAACACAAAGAGAGACUUUAUAUGUAAUCAGCACUUGCUCGUCGAAAAAAUGGGAUACUUUGCGGAAGUGACAUCAGGCCAACGCCUGGAAGAUAUGGACAUAUCAGUGCACUGCGACAUCGGCAUAUUUGAGUGGCUGAUGCUUUGGGUGAAGAAGACCGAGGCGGAGGGUGACGGGCCGGAACUUGAUCCGCAGUGCGUCAUACCGAUUUUGGUGUCGGCCGCGUUCUUGCAAAUGGAGCCGCUCAUCGAGGAGUGUCUACUGUUCUGUCACGAGCACAUGAACGACAUACUUCGCACCUCCACGAAUCUGUCGUGCCUGAACGACUCGGUGAUGACCAGGCUGGCCGCGAUGUAUACAAACGUUGAGGUGGAGGCGAUACGCGACCGCAAGGAUAAGAUCCAGUCGCGUCUGUACUGCAAACUGAUCCAGUCACUGUGCGAGCCGGAGGCCGAGAGUAUGAGGGGCCAUUGGAACUCGCUGGCGCGCGUGUAUCGAUGCGAGCGCUGCCAGAAGCUGGUGAGUCCGUCGACGAGCGAGGAAAUCCCCUGCGUACCCGCGUGCAUGAGCAUCAUGUGCGACGGCACAAUCGUCUACAAGCACCAACGGGACAAGCUCUGGGAUAUUAACGAUCACAUCGAGGAGCUGUACAAGACCUUGAAAACUUGGCGAAAAAUUUACUGGCACGUGUGGGGGGACGCGCACUUCUUGUACUGCUCCGUCUGCAAGCGCUUCUUCCAGUGUCACCAGAUUGGAUGGUGCCGUUUCCAUCCGGACUCGCCGCAGUUUUUUACCGUCGACGCUCAGCGGGCGUCUCUGCCGGUCGGCCGGUACCCCUGCUGCGGCGAACGCGCCUAUCGCUUCGAGUUGGUCGAGCGCGAAACGGGGUGUCAGUUUCGGGAGCACUGCCCGCUUACGGACACCGUACGCGAUAGCGCCGUUCUCGGCAUACUGGAAAACUACCGGUCGUUAAUCGAAGAGGAGCCUGCCAAGCUGAUUUUUCCGGAACGUUUGACUCGGUUUGUAAGCAAAGGAAAUGCAAGUGGAGAUCCAGAUGUAAGCGACGGCGCUUCCGAGAGCGAGCACUUUUGGUGGGAUGGAAUAGUGCUGAUACCUCCGCGUCCGAAGCUGGGGCUGUUGGGGUAUUUAAGCGACUCAAGGCCAACGGCGGAUAUGGUGGGAUCGUUUCCCGUCGACGUCGGCGACUGCGACCUAUCCGAUUGCAGUGAGUCGAGCGGCACCAGCAGCAGAUCGACGAGCACCACGAGCUCGGAUAGUUCGAGCAGCCCCCAGAAGAGCGACGAAAGCUCACAUAGCACCGACUCGAAAGGUAAACGUAACGCAACGAGCAGAAAGCGCGAAAAGCACCUGUGGCAGUACAAUUUGUCCGCGAGGAGCAACCAGGAUUUGCAACGGUCUUACGAGGAGACCACCCUGAAGCAAAUGCAAGCCGUGCUGACGCGUCGCACUUUUAUGUCAAUGGAGGUAAUGCCCAAAUCGAACCACAGGUCUUGGCCACGCCACAUCACGCCCCCAGGAGGCGUCUGGGUGAGACUGGAGAGUGAAUGGCGGGAGCGAAACGCCGUAUCGCAACAGCAACAGCAGAAGUUGCGCACUACGUUUAUCACAAAAAAUAAAAUCAAAGGCGCUCGAUUUAAUCCGGCUUAAUUUGUGAAAUAAACCUUUUUAAAACAAUACUACUUAUUGAUGUUUCCCGAAAGUGGCACUGACUCCUUCAUUUUACUGUUUCCGCUGCGAUGUAUUAUAGAAAAAAAGGCGUAACCUUGGGUUCGAUCCAACGCCAUCGAAUCUGUCAGAAGUAGCCCUAGAUUGUUGCGCAAAUUUACGUAAUUUAACCUGUUUCUAUCGAGCGCUUGUGGCGUGGUGUUUUUCUCUGACCCUGAGAGUCGAUUUUUCUUACACCAAUUAUUGAAUAAAUUUGUGUUUUGUGUAAGAGAACAAUUUAAUAUUAGUUUGAGCCCAAUAAGUUAAGACCCAGGGUGUUAUGAGUUUCAUUGGACAGGCGUGUUACUGCUUUUAGUGACCGUUUGUCCUUGCACAGGGCAGCAUUAAUUUUUGGCGGCCAACGUGGGGCACACGGCAUUAAUUUUUGGCGCCCGAAAGUUUCAAAACACCGCGGAAGGGCUCCUAGACAGGUGGUGCAUUCAAUAUCACGAAUAGACAGAGAGCGGAUCUUGAUGGUCUCACUCUUGGAAAACGUCAACUGGGCUUGACCAAGCCAGUGAACUAUUUGGAAGUCAUCAUUGACUCCCACCUGCCCUGGAAAGGGCACUUUGA